UUCAGCAAACUCCUUCAGAGUUCUACGCUUCUCAUUGGGAUAAAUUGCGGCGAUUAGAGAACUAGUCCGUAUUCGUGCGUUUAAAAAGCCUUGAAUAUUUUUUUAAUGGGUGUUGAUGUUGUAGACGCGCGGCCUAACGCUUGCAUAGCCAGAUUGACGACGACGCUUGGGUUUCUGUUACUCUUGUCAUAAUUAUAUUCAGUGAAAUACAGAAAGGUGAGAGAUGUGGGACCAGGGAGGACAACCCUGGCCUCAGUGGCCUCUGGGCUCACAGCAGCAGUGGAUGCAGUCUUUUCAGCACCAGCAGGAUCCAGGUCAAGUGGACUGGGCUGCUCUAGCACAAGCAUGGAUAGCUCAGAAAGAGUCCACUGGAGCGGUUCCUGACCAGCCAGGGAUUCAGCCCAAUGGUCAGGAGAUGCAGAACAUGGAACCUCCAGCCCAUAAUAACCAUGGUGCUUUUCCAGGCGAUACCAAUUUUGGCAGGGGUUGGCAACCAGAGUGGGCAAUGCAUAGUCAGCCUCCUCAUCCCCCUCCAGAACAAGCAUGGAUUCCUCCUGGCCAAGUACCGAUGGAUGUCGUCAACCCGUCAGAAGACAGUAACAGUCAAGAUAGUUUGGAAUUUCCUGGAGACCCACAUCAUGGGGGCUUUUCUCAAAACAGUCAUGGGUUUGGGGGUCAGCCUGAGCCUUACCCCAUUGGCCCAGUUGUUGUCAAUCAGUUUGAUUAUCAGCAUGGAGCAGCUCCAACGGGGGCAGCAUAUGGACCACCCUCCACUGGGUUUCAUGCACCUUAUUGGCCUGAAGGACCGCAGAACAGAAGAGACCGGCUUCCUACCUUCAGACCAGAACGGCCCAGAUCCCCCAACCAGAUGGGAAUAAAACCAGAGACGCCUUCUCUUGAUGCUGUUAAACGGAGGACCCUGCCGGCAUGGAUUCGAGAAGGCCUGGAAAAGAUGGACCGUGAGAAGCAGAAAAAGUUGGAGAGGGAGAGGAUGGAGAAAGAGCGUGCUGAAAUGGCAAAUAAUGAAAGGGAUAGCGAUAUAGUAGAGGAGGAAGGUGAUGGGCCUCGGUUGCCACGCAAGAGCAAAUUUGACAGUGAUGAUGAGGAUGGUGAAGAUGGUGCCGGCAAUCAUGGCGAUUCCGGGAGGAGGCUGGAGUUUGGUGGUAGAACUUCUCCUCCUGUUCAAGAAGACCAAAGUGAACCAGAAAUGACAGAAGAGGAGAAAGAGUUUCAGCUGAUGCUGAUGACUAAAACUCUUCUCACCGAAGUUCUCCUUGAAGUCACAAAUGAGGAGAUCUUCAUACUGGCUAAAGAGACUCAUCGCAGGGCCACUAAAGCUCCUGCAAAACAGCUGGCACAGUCAAAUGCACUGGCUUCUCUGACCGGCCUUGGAGGGCUGGGUGAGUACGGCUCAGACGAGAGUGAGGAUGAGGAGCGGAGUGUGAAAGGAUCGGAUUCAUCAGAUACAGACGAUGAAGAGCUGCAGCACCGCAUUCGCCAGAAACAGGAUGCCUUCCGUCGCAAAGAGAGGGAGGAGCAGCAGCUGCAGGAGAGGCUGGCACUGGAGGUUCAGACUAUAAAAGAAGACUUGGCAUCGGAAAGAGUGAGCAGAGAGAGGGCAGGUUAUGAGGAGCAGACAGAUUCCAAACACAAACAGGAAGUUAGGGAAAGGGAGGCAGAGCCUACAGUAGAGCGACGCAGGUCGCGUAGUGAGCCUGAGGUCAGUGAGGUCAAGCGUGCAAGCAAAGAGCACGCAGGGCGUAACGGAGGAAGUGCCAGCCCCUCGCCGAGUGAGCGACGUAGCCGCACCUCCAGCUCUAGCUCUUUCAGCAGCCGGUCCUCUUCAUCCUCCUCAUCCUCCUCUCGUAGCUCCUCCCGCUCCUCCUCUCCUAGAAGGAAAAGGCGACGCAGCCGCUCCGCCUCUCGUGGGACUCGCAGGCGCAGCCGAAGUCGCAGCUCUCGCAGGCAUCACUCAGAGCGCGACAAGGGCAGAGACAGGAGGCGGAGCACCGAACGGUCCUCUCGUCACAGGAAGCGCAGCCAUUCGCGGCAGCGCCGAUCCAGCAGGGGCCGCAGGAGCAGGUCCAAAGCCAGUCGCAGCCGCAGCAGAGAGAGGAGGCGCAGCAGGGACCGCAGGCGUAGCCGGAGUCGCAGUACGAGCCGCAACAGGCGGAAACAGAAAGCCUCCAGCAAGGACAGGGACAGAGACAGGAGGAAAGAGAGAAGCCGGAGCCACGACAAGGAGAAGAAGAAAAAAGAGAAGGAAUCAGAUAAAAAGAAAGACAAACAGAAGGGCAAGGAGAAAGAGAGCAGUUCAGUAAGGGACGAGGAAGACGAUAGCAAACCGAGGCGUAAAAAAGAGAGCGAGAGGACUGACUCUCACAAUGAGAGAUUUUCCCGGCAAGACAGCAAAUCUAGCAAGAAAGGCUCCGCCAAAGCUAGCAAGAAGUAUUCCGAUUCAGAGUCCAGCAGGAGCAGGUCCCCUUCCCCCGAGGUUAGCAAAGAAAAAAAGUCUAAGAAAUCAAAACGUAGUCGUUCAAGGUCAACGGAAAAAUCUCACAAGUCUGGUAAGAAGGCAAGCCGCAAACACAAGUCUAAGUCACGAUCAAGGUCCACGUCUCCCGGCCGUCGCAAGCGUUGAGGGGUGUUCUGCCUCUUAUCUGUGCACUUCUUUUAAAAUUCCAUGAGUUAACAGGCUUGUCUCAUUAUCGAGGCAACGUUGUAGGUGAACUCUCCACUCCAAAUCCCCCUCACUUCCCUCAUUUUGUAAAUAUAUGGCAUUUUUAAGUGUUGUCUUCAAAACAGAUGAUUUUGAAUGAUAGUUACUGUUUUGCCUUGUAUUAUGCAAGACUUGGCAUUCGAGUAGUCAAUAGAACCUUGAAACUGUAACAUUUUAAGAACCUAACACCAGUGAAAAUAAAUUCUCAUUUAAUGUAAAUUGUUGAAUAAAACCAGAAUGAUUCUUUCUGUCUGA